AUGGUAAAAGAAGCAAAGAAAGAGCGGAAGAAAGAUCGAAAAGAGGACGACAAACAGCAUAAAGAAAGAGAUCGUAAAGAGAGAGAAAAAUCGUCAAGAAGCAAACGGAAACGAGUAUCUGAAGAGGAGCCUGAUGAAGCAGAACCUCCAAAGAAAAAGCUGACAGCGCGAGAUCUCGAGCGGUUGAAGCAAUAUCAAGAGGAAUUAAAGAAAGAGCCACAACAUGGAGAAGAGGAAGAAGACAAACCCGUCUGGUCGCUAGCAAAAGCACAAGCCGAAUCGAGCAGUCGACAAUGCCCUUAUUUGGAUACGAUCGAUAGGAAUGUGCUUGAUUUUGAUUUCGAAAAACUCUGCUCGGUCUCGCUUUCUCAUCUCAACGUCUAUGCUUGUAUGGUUUGCGGCAAAUAUUUCCAGGGUCGGGGCACAUCUACGCAUGCUUACACUCAUUCGUUGGACACCGAUCAUCGCAUUUAUUUGAAUCUACAAACGCUCAAGUUCUAUUGUUUACCCGAUAUGUACGAGGUUAUUGAUCCAUCACUACACGACAUCAAGUAUGUGCUAAAGCCGAUUUUUGAGGACAAGCUCAUAAACUCUUUGGACAGUUGGCAACGACCCACGCGAGCUUACGAUAAUACAUCUUAUUUUCCGGGCGUUGUCGGGUUAAAUAAUAUCAAAACGAAUGAUUACGAGAAUGUAAUUUUACAUGCUCUAUCACACGUGACACCACUUCGCGAUUAUUUCUUGAAGGAGGAAAAUUACGCAAAUAUUAAAAGGCCACCAGGAGACAAACUGGAAUUGCUUUCAAAAAGAUUUGGUGAACUCGUCCGCAAGCUAUGGAAUCCAAAAGCUUUCAAGGCGCACGUCUCACCACACGAAAUGUUGCAAUCAAUUGUCGUUACAUCUAACAAGAAAUUUCAAUUCAUCAAGCAGGGAGAUGCGGCUGAUUUUAUGAGCUUUUUGCUGAACACAUUGCACAUUGCUCUAAAUGGAACACAAAAGACUUCAUCUAGCAUUAUUUAUCGGACUUUCCGAGGAAAAAUGCGCCAGUAUACAAGGAAAAUUCUGCCCGUUGAUGCCACAUCGGACAUGGUGGCCAACAUUAGCAACUCUGAUGAUUAUACAGAAAAAGCAAAGGAUACACCAUUUUUAUUCUUGUCUCUUGAUCUUCCACCACCUCCAUUGUAUCGGGAUGCACUUCAUCAAAAUAUCAUCCCGCAAGUGCCCAUUCACACGCUGUUGAACAAAUUUAAUGGAAUCACGGAGAAGGAGUACAAAACCUACAAAGACAACUUCAUCAAACGGUUCGAGCUGCUUGAGUUGCCUGACUAUUUGAUUAUCGUCUAUCAACGCUUCCAGAAAAAUCAGUUCUUCGUAGAGAAAAAUCCAACCAUUGUAAAUUUUCCAAUCAGUAACGUUGAUUUGUAUGACUCACUAGCCGAUGAGGCAAAGCCAAAGAACAAAUACACGACCUAUGAUUUGGUGGGCAAUAUUGUGCACGACGGGAAACCACUGGAUUCACAGCAAAAGGAUACUGAAGAAGAAGAGGGUCACUAUCGGGUACAAAUUCAUCACAGGGGUUCUGGUAAAUGGUUUGAGCUGGAAGAUCUGCGAAAGGAGGAGAUUCUACCGCAAAUGAUCACGUUGGCCGAGUCUUAUAUUCAGAUUUGGAAGCUGAACAAAACAAAGACCCGUGAGGAACGUAUGGGCGAAGAUGAGGGCGAAGAGGAAGAUGGAGCUCUCGAUCCAUUAGCUGCUUUGGUUCGACAGGCAAACAAUGCGGCAAAAGACGAGACGAAGAUGGAUCAU